AGUCCACCACUUACCGUCCCAGUUAGGAGGGUAGUGCUAACCGUGUGUAGGCCUACACAUCUGGGUAUUGAUUGUUCUGAGGCCGUGGCUUAUUAUUGUAUUGAUUGAGAUGUUGAACUGACUGCUGUACCAUGCUGAUUAACUGUUGUUCAUCUUGAUUACUCCCUCAUGGCACAUGUUGUAUGCCCUGCAUUCAUUGUUGAUUGAUCCCUUAUCCCUAUCCUGAUAAAUAUAUAUAUAUAUAUGUAUGUAUGCAUAAAUAUCUAUGGGGAGAGAGAGAGAGAGGACCCCUUGUGGGGGGAGGCAAAGUAGCAAGAAGGUGCGAGGAAAUUUCACAGAAUUAUUGUGUAUUCAAGUUCAGAUGUCACGAAAAGGAUUGGCAGAAAACUGGUGGUUGUGGUCCCAUUUUGCUUUGCUUUUUCACUUCAGAGUUCACGAUGAUCUAUAGUCUCUACCCGAUCAUUCUGAUUAUAAAUAAAAGAGGUAGACUUUGAUUGAUCUCCAGUUUUCUCCAACAGAUCCAUUCUUUCUGUUCCCUCUGUUCAAUGACUACUACAAGAGGCAAAAAGCCCGCCUCCUCCUCCUCCCCUUACGCUUCUCGAUGCAGCGGCAACUAUCACGUGUUCUUGAGCUUCAGAGGCGAGGACACUCGCUGGACCUUCGCCGACCACCUCUACACGGCUCUUACGAACGCCGGAUUUCGCACCUUCAGAGACGAUGAUGAAAUCCAAAGAGGAGAAAACAUCCAGGUUGAGCUACGGAGGGCAAUCGAAGAGUCGAGGGUUUCAAUUGUUGUCCUCUCCAGAACCUACGCGUCUUCGAGCUGGUGCCUCGAUGAGCUUGCAAUGAUCCUCGGAAGACGACGGAGGGGGGACUCUGCCCACCUGGUUCUGCCAGUGUUCUACGGCGUGGAUCCGUGGGAGGUCAGGAAACAAAAGGGAGUUUAUGCGGAGGCACUUGCGAGGCAUGAAGAGCGAUUCAAGUUCGAGGUGGGAGAGGGUGAAGCAGCAAAGGAGUGGAAGGAGAAAUUGAAGGGGUGGAGGGAAGCGCUGGAGGAAGUUGCUGGUUUAGCAGGAAUGCCUUUACCAGAUGGAGGGUACGAGGCAAAGUUUAUCCAAAAAAUUGUGGAGGAGGUUGAAGACAAGCUAGGGCAGCCAAGAGUCUUGAAUGUUGCAACUUAUCCCAUUGGACUAGAUUCCCGCGCCAAAAGCAUUAAUUUGUGGAUACAAGAUGGAGGGGUUGAUGCCGGAAUUAUUGCCAUUUGUGGGAUGGGUGGAAUUGGCAAGACAACCAUUGCUAAAUUUGUGUACAAUUCAAACUUCUCAAAAUUUGAAGGUUGCUGCUUCCUAGCAAAUAUAAGAGAAAAGGUUUUAAUUGAUUUACAAAAGCAACUUCUUUCAGAUAUUCUGAUCCAAAGAGAGGUAAAAAUACGCAACAUUGAUGAAGGGAUUGCUAUGAUUAAAGAAGCACUUGGUUUUAAAAGAGUUCUUAUAGUUCUUGAUGAUGUGGAUACACGAGAACAAUUAGAUGCAGUUCUAGAAAAUAUGGAUUGGCUUUCUCCAGGUAGUAAAUUGAUCAUAACUACUAGACAUGAGCAAUUACUAAGAGCUCAUGAGUGUUGGAAAGUAUACAAGGUGAAGAAGUUGGAUCACGACGAAUCCCUACAGCUUUUCAGUUGGUAUGCCUUUGGACAAAGCUAUCCUAUUGAUGGUUAUUUGGUAGACUCAAAAACAGCAGUAGAUCAUUGCAGCGGGCUUCCAUUAGCUGUUAAAAUUUUGGGUCGUUCCCUGUUUGGCACAAGUUUAGAUGAGUGGAAAAGUCAACUACAAAAAUUGAUGGCAAUUCCUAACUAUGAAAUCCUUGAAAAACUCAAACUAAGUUACGAUUCUUUAAAAAAUGACCAUGACGAAAAUUUAUUUCUUGAUAUUGCUUGUUUCUUUGUUGGAGGGGACAUAGACACCACAAUUACAAUCCUAAAGGGCUGUUAUGAUUUCGCAUUGGCUGGGAUUCGAAAUCUUAUUGACAGAAAUAUGUUAACCAUUGAACGUAACAAGUUGGUGAUGCAUCAAUUGAUUCAGGAAAUGGGAAGGGAAAUUAUCCGGCAAAAAUCACCCGAAGAGUUAGGAGAACACAGCAGGCUCUGGAAUCACAAGGAUUCCUUGAGUGUCUUGAAGGGAAAAACUGGCACAAGAAAAAUCAGAGGCCUUGUUCUUGAGAUGCAUUUCUUGAAGGAAGAUGAGUCUGAGUGGAAUAACUUUGGGCCCAACAACUGCUCUAAAAAGCGGAAGAGGUUUCCCUUUAGUAUCUUCUCUGGUUUUCCUAUGGGCAUUACUACAAAAAAUUCAAAUGUAGUUUUUUUGGAAGGUGAUGCAUUUUCAGGGAUGUCCAAUCUACAACUUCUACAAAUUAGUCAUGUACAAUUAUUUGGGAACUAUGAAAAUUUCCCCAAAGGUUUGAGGUGGUUGCAUUGGUCUCAUUUCCCUUUACAAAUGAUACCCUAUGAUUUUCCUUUGGACAAGCUGGUUGCUCUUGAAAUGCCUUAUAGUUGCUUGAAAAAGGUUUUGAAUGGAGUGAAGUGCCUCGUAUUACUAAAAUUCCUUAAUCUAAGUCAUUCUCAUUAUCUUUUCGAGACUCCUGAUUUCUCAAGGUUGCCGAAUCUUGAGAGACUUAUACUUGAAAAUUGCACUAGGUUGGUUAAGGUUGAUGAAUCGAUUGGAUGCCUAGAAAGCCUUGUUUUCUUGAACUUGAGAAAUUGUCAAAGCUUGAGGGAGCUUCCACAAACCUUUUAUAAGCUAAAAUCUCUGGAAACACUUGAUCUUAGGGGUUGCUUUAAUCUUGGAAAUUUUUCAACAGAGCUGGGUAAUAUGAAUUCUUUGGCAGUGCUUCUACCAGAUGGAACUGCAAUAAAUCCAUUAUUCUCUAUCACUCGGAAGGUGAAAGCAUGGCUUUUGUCUGCAUGGCCUUGGCCACUAAAUCCAAGAAGUCGGCUAGAAUUUUCAUGGGUUUCUUUUCCACAGUCUUUGGUACGUUUAUAUCUUGCAAAUUGCAAUCUGUCUGAUGACAGUUUCCCUAGGGAUUUUAGCAACCUCUCCUCAUUGCAGAUGUUGGAUUUGAGCAAGAAUCAAAUUUGUAGCCUCCCAAAUUGCAUUAGGGAUCUUUUUGGGCUCAAGGAGCUAUGGUUAAUAUCAUGCCCAAGGCUUUUGACACUUGACGGGCUGCCUCAAAGUUUAAAUGAUGUGUUUCUUAAUGGCUGUGAAUUGUUGGAAAAAAUAAGCUUUGACUCAUCAGAUUUUAUCGGAAAAAGCAUACAUUUUUCUUAUUGCCCAAGGCUAGUUGAGAUUUCCGGCUUAUUCAAAGUAAAACCCUUAGAAAGUGAUGAUGCAGAGCUAAUUAACAAUUUUGGCUUUUGUGACUUCGAAGGCAUGGGAAAAUCAUAUAUAGAGUUUUCAUCAAUCUUUGCAUCACAUAAAACGUGGAUGUCUCCUCCCCUAGGAUUACACCAGCCUUGUACAUUUUGCACUUAUGUUCGUGGAAGCAAGAUGCCUAUCAAAUUCAAUCUUAAGAAUGUAGGAUCCUCAAUAUCUUUUACCAUACCUUCCGAUGCUAAUUUCAAAACUCAAGGGUUGUCUGUAUGUUCUGUUUAUGCAUUUCGCAACCCCGCGACUUCUGAUGCUUCAUCUAAUGAUGGUCGGUUUGGAGAACAGUACUUUUGCACAAUUAUUAGUAAUGUAACCAAGCAAGUGAAAUGGAGCUAUUGCCCAGAAUUUUAUGGCAUUCCAGGAGAUGAUGAGGACAUGAUGUGGUUAAGUUAUUGGAAGUUAGAAGAUCAGUUGGAAGGUGGCGAUGAAGUGAAUAUUUCAAUUACAAGCGAUCGUUAUCAAGUGAAGGAGGUUGGGUUUCACCUUGUGUACAAGGAGGCAGAAGAAAAGAAGAGCACACAAUCUCAUAGUUUGGAAGUUCCCCAACAAAUUCAUCCCUAUGUGAAUGUAGUUCCUAGUUUUUGUAACGGGGAUUGCGAGGACUGCAAGAAGUGUCUAGUGCCUACAGCUCCAGCAAGCACUAGAGUCAUUCUUCCUGCUGAUCGGCUUGAUUUCCCCUUGGCCAUGUGGAAAAUCGGCAUGGAUUGUGGAAAUUUCAUUUUCCCAAGUUUUGGUCUCUUUAUUGGCCGGCAUCUGAAGAGGGCAUCACGGUAAAAAAAUGUUUAGAGCUUGUUAAUUGUGAUGGGCCCACUAAAUAAAUCAUGAGGUUUUUUUUUUUUUAAUGCUAUUUCAUGCCCGUUUAGUUUAAGAUAUCCUACCAACCAAAUAAUGAGAAGUUGAAUUUUGAGAGGAAAGGAUGGGAGCAAGUGGGCCUCACUUGCAUGCUGCUGCUUGUGUAUAAUAAAGUUCUUUGUUUCUCUUU